CUAUAGGAGUGAACUCACUAUUUCUUCGAUUUGAAUGCUACUGAAUUGAUAGCAAAGAGGAAACAGGAAGAGAAUUGAUUAAGCUUCAAGCCUGUAAAAGUUUUUUUCUUUUGUCAUAGAAUCUCUCUCCCUCUUUGCUAAUAUAAUUCAGGGCAUUAGCCAAAAAUGGGUGGCAUUCAGGUAAACCUGAGAGGCUUGGCAAUGGUAGCAUGGAUUCUCUUUCUGGUUCUUGUUAUGAGCGAUGUGGGCAUUGCUGAGAGACAACUGAAGCACAAAAGGAACCAAGAAAACGAGGAAACACAGGGACUUUUUGUUAGAGUUGCCAACUUCCUCUGGCAAGAUGGGAAGUCUGCCUAUGAACCCGUCUGGCCGGAGAUGAAGUUUGGUUGGAAAAUAGUUGUAGGAUCAAUUGUUGGAUUCCUUGGUGCAGCGUUGGGUAGUGUCGGUGGCGUUGGCGGUGGUGGGAUUUUCGUUCCAAUGCUCAGUCUCAUAAUAGGUUUUGACCCCAAGUCUUCCACAGCCAUUUCCAAGUGUAUGAUCAUGGGUGCAGCUGGAUCAACUGUAUACUAUAACCUGAGACUUAGGCACCCAACACUGGAAAUGCCUCUCAUAGAUUAUGACUUGGCAUUGUUAUUUCAGCCCAUGCUUAUGCUUGGAAUCAGCAUUGGAGUUGCCCUUAAUGUCAUGUUUGCUGAUUGGAUGGUCACGGUUCUGCUUAUCAUUCUCUUCAUUGGUACAUCAACGAAAGCCUUAUUCAAAGGUAUAGACACAUGGAAGAAAGAGACAAUGAUGAAAAAGGAAGCUGCCAAGGUGGAAUCAGAAGAGUCCAAACCAGCUGAUGGAGCUUCUCAAGAUUAUAAACCAUUACCUAGUGGCCCUGGCAACCAGACAGAAGAUGAAGUUCCCCUCCUACAAAACAUAUACUGGAAAGAGUUAUCGUCGCUCGUGUAUGUAUGGAUUGGUUUUCUUAUUGUGCAGAUCAUUAAGGAAUAUCUUCCAACUUGCUCAGUCAUGUACUGGAUUGUGACCUCCUUGCAGAUACCCAUUGCUGCCUCUGUGACAAUCUUUGAAGCCAUAUGCUUAUGCAAAGGAACCAGAGUGAUUGCAUCCAAAGGAAAGGAAAUCACAAACUGGAAGAUGCAUCAGAUUCUUCUUUACUGUUCCUGUGGCAUAAUAGCUGGUAUGGUAGGAGGGCUGCUAGGACUAGGAGGUGGCUUCAUCUUGGGUCCUUUAUUCCUCGAACUGGGGAUACCUCCACAGGUAGCUAGUGCAACAUCAACGUUUUCUAUGGUGUUUUCAUCUUCGAUGUCAGUUGUACAAUAUUAUCUUCUCGAUCGUUUCCCAGUCCCAUAUGCUGCUUAUUUUGUCCUAGUAGCAACAAUCGCUGCCAUUGCUGGCCAGCAUGUGGUCAGAAGGAUCAUUGCAGUCAUCGGAAGAGCAUCGAUAAUAAUCUUCAUACUAGCUUUGACAAUCUUUAUCAGCGCAAUCAGUUUAGGUGGAGUUGGAAUUGCUGAUAUGGUAAAAAAGCUAGCGAACAAAGAAUAUAUGGGAUUCGAGAACCUUUGCAAGGCUUGAGUUCUGUUUACCCCUAUUACAGGUCGAAUCUCUCAAGCAGAGAUCAGAUACAUCCAGAGUCAACUAUUUGGUCAAUUAUUUUCACUUGAAAGAUUCGGGUUUAUAUAUGUUGCUGAACAUUCAUUUCUGGUCCAUUGUUUGCAAAAACCUCUCCAGCUGAGCUUCUUUCUGUGUUUCCUUUUUUCAUCUUCCCAGGCAUCUUAUUUUACUAUGGUUCCUAGUUAAAUAGAAACUGUUUAUUAGACAAAUGUGUAAGAACUAAUAACCCUUUUGGCUGAAUAACAUAAGAUGUCAGAGCUUUCAAUCUUUGAUGAA